GUGUGGCCAAGCUGAUUUCAGCUGCUUUGGCAUCGCAAUGCAGCAGCAUGUGUGGGCUCGGUAUGGACAGCAGAUGGACGGCCGUCCACGGCAAGUGGCGCAGUCGCAGGGAAGGCCCGUUCUCCUGUCUGCGAAUUAUCGGAACCCUCCAAUGGCCAAAGUUAUGGGGAAACAGCCAUCAGCGCAGUCGCGACAGAAGGCUACGAGCCCGCGAGCGAUACAGAUCUCCCGUGAGGCUACGGAAGACAGAGCACCUUUGAGCCCCACUGUGAGUACGCCGCCCUCCGCUUCGGUGCGGGGCCACUACAGCCCUCAGGCACCUCCCCCUGGUGACGCUGCGGCCGGGCUUGGACACGCUUUGCGCCGAGAGGCCGUGCUAGAAGGCUCCGACAGGUUGCACCGGUCCUCCCCUUCGCAUCUGAGCACAUCAUCAGCCAGCGCGCAGAUGGGUGCGCUGCGAGAGAAGCUCCGGCAACUGCUGCCCAAAGACCUGCAGGGCGCGCAGGAGGCCGCCUUCUCCAAGUCCGAGGCAUUGGUGAGUCAUGCAGGCUCCCUGCCGAGUGCCGAAGAGCGACGGGAGCAGAGCCGGGAAGCUCUCACUCAGAAGGUCCAGGACCUCGAGGCGCGGCUGAGCCAGGCCAUGGCCUCCAUCGGCCAGGCGGGAUCCAAGCGGCCAAGCGGAAGGCCUAUGACUUCGCGGGCGGGAUGGGCACUUGGAGCGUGGUAG